UUUCAAUACAUUCCUUGUUCCAAAUUCAAUCGGGACAAGGAAUCGAAAACCGGAACAUUCUGCUGCUGUUGUUGUUUUUAGUGUUUUUGUUAUCAGCUGUGUGCUUUCGGAACACUCUUUUCUUUUUGGAUUUGCGUGCAUUUCCCAAAUUUUCAGGAUGUUGGCGCAACCAAUUUUAAAAACUGUCAGCAAAGAACUGUCCUCGGCUGGACGCAGAAACAUUGGCAUUUCUGCGGUACUUUUACAGAAAGCAUCCGACCCAAUCCAGCAGUUGUUCUUGGACAAACUUAAAGAAUACAAGUCUAAGAGCGGUGGAAAGUUGUACGACCCAUCUCCAGAAAUUCAGAAGGAAUACAAAGCUGAACUUGCCAGAAUAGCUCAACAGUAUGGUGGAGUUAAACCUGAGGAAAUGACCAAGUUCCCUAAAUUCACCUUCCAAGAUCCCGAAAUCAAAACAUAAGCAAAGAUUUGAUUCUUUCAUCUCAUGGCUCACCAGAGUUCAUCCGUUGAUACUUAGCUGUAGGAAAGAGAGUAAUAAUAUGCGAAAAACGUGCUUCUUCCCUCCCUCAAGACUGAGGAUGUGCGGAUCCCAGCCCUCUCUUUUUACCCUAAUUUUCGUUAAUUAAUUGUUUAGUUUAAAAUUACAAUUAAGUAAAUAUAAAUGGUUUUUUUUUUGUA